AUGAACAGUUAUUUACCACCUUCAGAAAAGAAAAUGUUCAGUUUAGAGGGCGACGAUAAAGCCAAUAGAGGAAUGUUAACCAGUUUUCCAUCAGUUCCAUCUCCAUAUUUAAACUAUGACCCUCAACUUCUACCUCAGUCAUCUCAGCCAGAAUAUAUAUUUCUGGAAGGAGCUGGUUCCAAGCAACGUGGGCGUUUUGAAUUGUCAUUUACAGAAAUUGGUACAUCGUGUUUGAUUGGUGCUACAAUUGGUGGCAUACGUGGAAUAUACAGUGGUAUAAAAAUGACAUCUAUGGAAAAUCAAACUAGUACAUACAAUAGAACACAGAUCUUAAAUAGUGUUUUUAAAAAUGGAGCCCGUUUGUCUAAUACAUUUGGAACAUUAUCUGUAUACUAUAGUAUCUUCGGUAUCAUAUUAGAAAAAACCCGGGGAUGUGAAGAUGAGCUUAAUACAAUCGUAGCAGGAACAAGCACUGGACUUUUAUACAAAGCUACAAGUGGGCUUAGAAGGUGUGGUAUUGGUGGUUUAAUUGGAUUCAGUCUUGCUACAGCAUUCAGUCUGAUUACAUCAAGAGAUAAAAUCAAAGAAAUGGGCAAAAACGUAUUUCAUUCCUAA